CUGCCAUUAAUUCUAACUUCCUUAUUGUUAAAGUAUGUUUUCUUUUCUAGAUUGUUCUCACGGCACGGCAUUGAAUGAACAACAAAGAUCAUUGUCUGUCACUCCACCACUCACCCACAGCAGGACAACAAGUGCCCUCCCUCCCCUCUGACACGCACGGACCGCCCUCUGACAGACUCAGGGAUCCAACCAGCUAUCAUAUCAAUUAGUCAACUAUAAUACUCCUGUGGCGGCGGCGGCGGCCGCCCAGACGGCGGCCCAUAGGCAUCAUAGCCACCCCUGUGAUGAUACGGUACCCCCCCUCUGCCUCUCCCAUACGGAUGGUACCCCCGGCCUCUCUGCGGCCCAUAGUAGCCCACACCUUGAUACCCGCCUCCCCCACGAUGAUAAUACUGGGGCGGUGGCGGUGGCGGUGGCACCGGAGGCCCAGGCCCGUAGUCAUAGUCAUAUCCCCGCUGGUCUCGGCUGCCGUCCCAGGGAGGCCUCUCGCCGCCAUACCUGCCGUUGGACGGAUGUGCCGCUGCUGCAGCGGGGGUGGGGGUGAGGAUCGGCGGCCCACGUGGUGGGGCUGCUUGUGGCAGUGGUGCCGAUGGGGCCAUGGGGGGCGGGGAGGGCCUCGUCAUCUGGUCACCACCCGAGGGGGCUGGUGGCUCUGCUUGUGGCAGUGGGAGAGGGGGCUCUGCCUGUGGCAGUGCCGCUGGCUCGGGUGGCGGUUGGUUGAAGAAGGUGGCAUGGUCGAUUCUCGGCUGGUUGGCGAACUCAGUGUUCUCGAGCAGAUCCACUGAUGGCUGCGCUGCGAGGGCCGCGCACAGCCGCAGCGCCAGAUCCCUCGGCAGCUCCUGAAUGAAGCCCGCACCGGACACAACACAGGUGCAGUCAUGGCAUGCGAUGAGUGUGUCUGUCUAUCGUGCGUCGUGUACCUUACCUGUCCGUCUCGGCUUUUCUUGAGAGGUUUGUCUUCGUUCCACGGGUUCCGGAGGUCACUGACACGCUCGAAGCUCAGCUGGCACUGAUGCAGCCACUGCACGUGAAAGUUGGGCGCCAACCGGGUCGAGAAAUCGCCCCAGAUGCCUGCACACAUAGCCACCCACAGCCACACAUACAGUGAGUGAUUCGUCCUUCAACCGUCUCUCUGUUUUCUUCUGUCGGCGUCUGCCGACCAGGGUAGAGCGAUGUGUCCGGCAGCGAUGCCAUCCGCCCAAAGCCCUGGAAGCCCCCACUCUCGUUGGCCGAGAAGAUGAGCACCACGUGGUCGCACUGCCGAUAGGCGUCGCAGAAGCGAUUGGUGUUGUUGGGCAGCGACGCCCAUAUCCCACGCUGCACAGACGUCAGGAUGUUCCUCAAGCUGUGCGACUUGAUGAUGAAACACCGAAACGUCCCCUCCUCUGGCGGCGGCAGCAGCGGGAGCCUCUCGGGCGCCUCGGCAGGCGCGGCCGACACCACUGGCGGCCGCACUCGCUGCUCGAACAGAGGCCGUGGGCCGUUUAUGAAGGGGACCCUUCCACCACCCCCUCCCUCCCGGCCGAUUCUGCCCCCUCUCCACCCGGGCGGGCCCAUGCGGCCGCCAUCGCCCCUGCCGUAGCUCAUGGGUGGGGCGAGAAUGCCCUCGGCGUCGGCUCCUCGGGCCUCGUUGAGUCGCCCCUGCCUCUGUGUGUAGGCCUCCAUCUUCUCCUCGGGAUCUUCUGGGAUGGCUUCCGGGUUGGCGAUGAUCAUCUUGAGGAACCAGUAGGGCAGCUUCUCGGGCGCCUGAGACUGGGGGAGCCGGUCGUGCCGCUUCCGGCAAAGAGGGCCGAGCUUGCAGAAGCCAUACUUGAAGGGCACACACUCCUUGCGCUCCUGAGGACCGACACACACACACACACACACACACACACGGACACCACACACACGGGAGUGUCAUCCAUCCAUCGGCUGUUUGUGUGCCUUCCUUCUUCACAACACAACGCAUUCAACGCACCUCCAUUUUGAUGUGUUGGAAGACGCAGUUUUCAUCGUUGCAGGUGCCUGUUUUGAGGAAUGUGGGGCACUCGGGCAUCCUGGAGAGGUCGUACUGGUGUAGGAAGUCGCAGGCAUCGCCCUUCAUGCACAUGCCCUUGAGCCAGUGCUUGCACACGACGCUGUGGCGCCCUCUGCCGGUGCUGCUGACGACAUAGGCGGAUGAGUGUCCCUGCACCUCCAGCUGCCGCUGCCUCUCCUGGUCCUGACGCUCGAUGGUCUCCUCGAAGUCAAACGACAGAUCCUGAUCUCCGUCACCCAUCACGAGGGACUCACCUCACCGACGGGCGGAUCAAUCGUACGGCGGCAAGAGGGGACACAGAUCAACUCGAAGGUAUCUCGAAAAUGACGGAAUUGUUGGGCGCCA